UGAGCGGGGGUUGCUCCCAUUAUUCUAGCAGCGCGCAGUCAUUUUGAGUCUCGCAGCGACGCCAUAGCCGUUUCCAACACCUCCGCGCGCGCACUGCCUAGCACCUUUCCGCAGCACGUUAUAGCGCAGUCACAGUCACGUUGUGUAGUAUUGCACGCUUUGGUGGGAAAUUUGGUUUUUGGAGGAGGACGUAGAAGCGGAAGUGUUUUGCGAAGUGUGGAGCGGAUUUACGUGAAGGGUUUGGUGGUGCUGGCUGGCGGCUUGUUCUUCUACCCGUGUGGACGCAUCUGGAUUCGAAGAGAAGACUUGCAUCUUGUACAGGGUGGGGAAGUGUAGAAGUGUGGUGAUCCCGUAAGGCCCUGUGCUGCGUGAGUGUGGAUGGUGGUUACGCGUCACGCAGGACGUCUCGAAAUUGAAAUGAAGCUAUUAUUUGUGGACGUGAGGCAAUUUCUGCGGAUGCGUUAGCGAAAUCGAGAGGUGGUGUCCGAGGAUGUGUGUGUCGCGAACGGAGGUUGUGGAAAGCGGGGGUGAAUAGGUAUUUCUGUAUUCUGGAUCGGCAGGCUGCAGGGUGGAGAGUGUCUGUUUUCGGUUGAGGUUGAGGUUGGUGUGUUAUUCAUGCAUAUGGUGGGCAUGAUGGUGCUGUUUUCCAGUUCACCUCCGACCUCUUGGGGUACGCAGUGUUCUGUGAGCAGCAGGAGUUCGUCUGCAGCAAUUGACAUUGAAGCGAAUCAUCGGCUGCCGAAAUCUAAGCAAGGAGGGUUGUCUAAUCUUUUCUACAGCAAUGCGAGUAGGUUCCCUCAGCAUGCCUCACAGUCUACAAGCGAUGUGCUGGAUUCUUCUCCCAGCAACUCAUGUUCGGUAGGAUCUCUCAGGAGCAGUACUCAAGGUGAGUCUGGAUACGGUAUGGGAACAUGGGAAAAUUAUGACAUCCGAUUUGGGGCAGCGAACAUUUCUGCGUCCUCGUCUUUGAAAACAAGAGAGCACAGCCCAGUCUCUGUGUUGCAAGGGCCUGUUGCCCGAAGCGGUACCUACGGCUCGCCCGCUCACUCUGCCCGGGAAAGUGUGAGUGGCGGGGGCCUGCCUUCUUGGGAUUCUCAUAUUGAGAGAGUAUGGUCACGCAGAAAGCCUUCUUUUUCGGGUGAGAAAGACAGGCGGAUGAUUGCAAGAAGUGUAGGAUUUGAAAUCUGUAAUACUGCCGUCUUUCCUGGUGAGCAACAAGUCCGUGCAAGUAUGGGCCAACCAACUGAGUCUGAGACGGCUGUAAUCAGCUCCUCUGAGCCUAUUCGUGUGGAGGGUUUCGGCUCAAGUGCAUUUGUCUGUGGUAAUUCGCCUGUUGAUACUCUUACGCUUCCGCUCUACGUUGGUGGGAGGGGUUAUCCCUACAACUCUCUACGAGAAGCAGCUCCAGGCAUUCUUGAGGCCAGAGAGAAGAUUCUGAGGCUGGCGGAACAGGCAAACGGCUUGUCCUCGGUUUCCACUGAAGAUUCUUCGAAGGUGGAAACAUCUACUGCAACCACUGCAGAUGAGAUUCUGAAAGGUGCACAAGAUAGAUUCAAUGUCUUUUACGACCCUGUAGUCGUCAAGGCUUUCAGAAUGGCAGAAGAAGCGCACAGAGGACAAGUUCGGCGAAAUGGUGACAUGUUCUUGUCUCAUUGCGUGGAAACUGCUUUGACAUUGGCUGCAAUCGGAGUCAGCAAUACAGUGAUUGCAGCAGGAUUAUUACACGAUGCCAUUGAUGAUUCAAACUUCUGUUUGAAACGGUUACGGGAUACUUUGGGAGAGGAUGUCGCCAACCUGGUCAUCGGGGUGUCAAAAUUGAGCGAAUUCAGUCAACUUGCCAGGGACAGUAACACAGUUGGUAACCCGAUGGAGGCUGACAGGCUGCGGACCAUGAUUCUGGCUCUGGUUGACGUUCGGGUAGUGCUUGUAAAGAUAGCUGAUCGGUUACAUAAUUUGAGAACUUUAGAGGCCCUGCCUUCUCAUAAACAGAUAGGCAUUGCCACUGAGACGCUGGGAAUUUUUGCUCCCUUGGCAAAUCGCCUGGGUAUUUGGAGAUGGAAGGCUGAGCUGGAAGAUCUCUGCUUCAAGUACCUGAAGCCUGAAGAUCAUCAAGAUUUGUCUAUGCGACUGUCCGAGCGAUGUCGGGAGGGGCUUGUCAUGUCUUCCAUCAAGAAUCUGGAUGAAGCUUUAAGAAUUCGCGGGGUGGAGUUUAUUGAUCUAUGUGGACGACCUAAGAAUCUUUACAGCGUCUACAAGAAAAUGAUGAAAAAAAAGAGAAGCCUCGAGGAGAUCCUUGAUGUUAUAGGGUUGCGCUUGAUUGUGUCUGAUGAGAAUAGUUGUUACGAGGCCUUGGAGAUCGUUCAUCAGCUUUGGAGACAUAUGCCUGGAAAGUCGAAGGACUACAUUGUUGAUUCGAAACCUAAUGGAUACAAGUCAUUACACACUGUUGUGAUUGGCAGUGAUGGAUAUCCUCUGGAGGUGCAAAUUCGGACAAUGAAAAUGCAUCACCAGGCUGAAUAUGGGUUAGCUGCUCACUGGAGAUAUAAGGAAGACAACAGUGAACACUCAGCAUUCAGUUUUGAACGUAUUGAGUGGGCUCGAUGGGUUCUGACAUGGCACAGCGAGAUCAUGGAUACGAAGCUGCGUGUAUCACCACUAGGAGCAGAUUUGAAACCGCCGUGCCCUUUCCCUGUGCACAACAAAGGCUGCCCUUACGAGGCACAUUGCUGCGAACCAACGGUUAAGGAAAAUGAUCCAGUGUUUGUUGUAAAAAUGGAGGAUGAACAUAUUUUUGUCAGAGAAAUGCCUCCUGGUUCCACGAUUGGGGACUUGGUGUGUGCGACGGCAUCGCAUGUGGAUUUCCUUGCAGCGGACUCAACUUCUGCUAAUCAGAAUGGUUUGCGUGUAAAAGUAAAUCAUGAAUUUGUCAACAAUUUGGAACAGAAAUUGAGGAUGGGAGACUUUGUUGAGGUUGUUACAACUGUUGAGAAGCCCUGCGGUAAGAUAGCUCUGGAAUUCCAGCGGGAACAGCUCAAGCGUCUAUACCUUGAUGGAGGAAGUUCGACUGACGAUCAAAAGGCCACCUCGUUAGAUCUUAGUCUUAAUGUUGCUGGAAUCUGAAGCCUAUGGCGCAGAUUGGAUAUCCUCAGUAAAAGCUAUGAACGAUUUGGAUAUCCAUGAGAAACGCAUGAACGACUUUAAUCUGGCUGUAUAUAAUGUACAUAAUUUUACAGCAAAGAUUGGUUAGAUAGACUUCAUUCUUUGCCUCGGAAGGGGUUGUAAAGCGGAUACUCACUUGCCCAAAAUCGAGGCAUCCUGCAUUCUCAGGAUUAGGCUGGUUCUUGAAAACAUCUUCUAUAUAUGGUGGUCAAAAGGCCUAUUUAAAAGACGUAAGUAAACUACAUACUUUUCAUUGCGUA